AUUUCUAUAAAGUGCCAUAUGCAGUAUAUUGACGCUUUAAAAAAUAAAAAGCCGUAUACAGGAGGGGAAGAAGUAUAUGAAAGCUCUUAUGAUUUGACUUUAGAUAUAAAGCCUAUUUUUUUUUAUAUUAAUAAUCAUGAUGAAAUGGUCAAGCAAAUGUUUAAAGCUGUUGGAAUAUCUUAUAUUAAACAAAUUUUGCCACCUAAAUUAUUAGACAUACCAAUGUUAGAUUUACAACAAGCUUGCAUUCAAGAAUUAUCUCAACUAGAAUCUACUACCAUCAAAAAUAUAAUGACAGAUAGAAAAAUUAAUCAAACUUUAAUCCAUGAGUCAAAGAAUCAUAUUUUAUUGACCAAAAAUCAUUUGUUGGCAGAUGAUAAUAAAAAAGAACAAAUAAAUUCUAAUAGCCUUAAUUCACAUAAAUCAGUUAAAUCAACCAAAAUCUCUUCUCAAAGUCCUGAUUCUUGUACCAAUAAUAAUAUUUGUUAUAAUCCAAAUUUCAAUAAAGAAACAGAUGCUUCCAGUGAAAAAUCAGUUUCAUCUCUCGAGAUCGUUCCAUCUAUACAUGACUCAGACUCUUUUUUGUUCAGUUCUGCCAGUCAAGAAUCUAAUUUACGUGAUGGCACAACUCACCUCGAUCGAAAAAAUCGCAAAUUUCAAAAACGUGCAAAAUCUAGAAAAAAUAUUGACAGCCAUGAUCAGAGAAUCGAACGCCGAAAUCGACACUCAUCUAAAUCUCGUAAAAAACGUCGAUCGAAAACGAGGAGUCUUAGCCAUCGUUCGGAAGAAACCCCCCGUGGCGCGGAAAAAAUGAAGGAACUGGAAAUGAGAGCCCGCGCUAUAAAAGCUUUGGUGAAACGACAAAAUGCUUAAUUAUGAUAGUCAACUCCUAAUUAUUUAUAUUCACACAAAUUGAAAUUAUGUGUAUACUAAUACUAUACAUUACAUACGAUAUAAUAUUGUAAAUAUCCUAAUCCUGGUUAAAUCAAAUAUAUAAUAUUAUAAUUUUAUACUAUCAUUUAUUCUUUAUCUCUAUUAUGGAAUGUGGAAUUUUUCCAAGAAAGUUAAAAACUCUUUGUUACUAUAUGCAAAA